GUGUACAGAUAAACCCUACGCCGGAAACAACCCUAAACCCUACACCGAAGAACUAAACCUUCGCCGGGAGAUAAACCCUACGCCGCCUCUUCUCUGGCCUGCAACAAAACAGAAGAAAUAAGGGACUAGAGUUGUCUCUCGAGGCCGUGAAGAAAAUACGAUCCGUAUUGUUUUCGCAUGGUUCCGGCGACAGCCGCCGAAGGUGAAGGCAUUUUUGGCCGUCGUGCUUGGUAUGGUGGGAUGAUAUCGAAGUUGGAAAGUUGGUUUAGGGUUUAGGUAGCAAACGUUUGUUUCAUUCGCAACGCAGUUGCAAGGAAAUCUUGCAUUGAUUUUGAGGUAUUUGUUAAUGGUGAAGAUAGAGCUGAAAGUGACGAAUUCAAAUAUGAAGAGUAAGAAGAGAAAGCUGAAGAGUCCUCAAACAUCUGCUCGGCCUUCCAAAUCUGCUCGGCCUUUAAUCUCGCCGGAAGUGGAAGUUGUAGACGGAACAGAACAGGUUGAGAAGAUGGAGCAGGGAGAAGUGUCUCAAGAGUUUGAUGAAAGUUGUCCAUGGAGGAGCUUGGAGUUGAUUUUCUUGAUUCAGAACAAAGAGUUCGAUCAACAAAAGAAGGUCGAAGCAGUUUUCAGCUUUGUAAACUCGAAGUGGAAUGAGAAGGAUAAAUAUCAUGAUAAGGUCAAAAUGUCGCGCUUGAUUGUUUUUCUUAGCGACUGGGUGCAGUCAUUGUUGAUUUCAUCUGAAAAGAAAGCGAAGAAUGAUGGUGGAAAACAUCACAACAUGGCUAUUGAGCCAUGCUUAGAUUAUAGAUGCUGGGAGGUAUUUAAAUUUUGUUUGGAAGAAUCAGUAAAAACACUCAUCCCUUUGAAUCUCUCAAAAAAAAUUUUGCAUGCCUUUUGUUUUGUUACAAGAAGUGCAAUAUCCCUACUAGGGGAUUUGUCGAGUUCAAGAGAAGAGUUGUUUUCCGGGGAUUGUUUCAAGUUGUACAAUGUUGUGCUUGAUUGUGUUUCUUUAGUAUUUUCUCCCCAUUUGGGUCUAUCCAAUGAGAAUCUAGAUGCUUGGAUUUCUACAAUUGAUGCAAUGCUUCAGUUUCUUCACAAAAUUUAUAUCAGUAGCCUUGAAGAUAAAGAUGUAGGAGUUUUUGCUAUUAAAUUUUCCUGUAUGAUGCUUAAGCCUUUUGCUAAAUUUUUGUGGACUCACCCUACCAAGAAAGCUGGAUUUCACAAUUUUGUCAAUAAGCUUUUGGAACCAUUACUUCAAUUAUUGCUUGACAUAAGCCUUAAAGCUGACGGGUGUGAUCAUUGUUGGACAAGAACAUCGAUGAAGUUACUUGAAGAAGUUCUAUCUCAUGGUUUGUUUCACACAGUGCAUAUUGAUGGAUUUUUGUGCUUACAUGGUUCUGAUAAGGUUAUAAAAUCCCCUGAUGAGAAAUCAGAAGAGUCUAAAGCACAUAUUAAGAGCUAUCAUAGACAUUUAUUUGAUAAAAUGCAAAAACUAGUUGCAGGGAAGAAGUUUUCGGCAUUGGGUGCGGUAGGGGAAUUGUUUCAUGUGCUUGUUGUCCGAGUUAAAAAGGUGAAAGGAGUUUCAAUGUCUUCUGAGGACACCAAACUGAAUAACAAAAUGAGGGAUGAAAUAUCAAGUCAUGCAUCCUCUGGACUCUCAGAGAAAAGCAAUAGCCAGAGCAGUUUGAGUACAGAAAUAAGGAAGCCUCUAUUUGAGUUUUUUGUUCAAAUUUUGGAUCCUUUACUUCAGACAAUUGAACACAUUAGUGCUGAGAUUAAACUGGGAACGUCCUUGUCAGAUGUUCAUUGCUUACUCAAGUCGAUAAAUAAUCUACUUGCAAGUUUUAUGAAGGAAAAGGUGUACUUGAGAACUGAGGAUAACUCUGAAGGGGCUUACCAUAAUUUCUUAAAAAAGGUGUAUGAUACAGUAAUGUUGGUUUCCUCUCAUUUGCUUUUAUUAUCAAGACGUGAAAUAGAAAACGAUAUAGACCUGGAAGUAUAUGUUUUAGCUGGAAAUGAGAUACUGGUGACUCUUAGUUAUCUUCUGGAAAUUGAAUAUGAUGUUAUUGGGAAUGAUUUGGUGAGCUUAUGGCUUGUGAUCCUUUCUUACUCUGCUAUUAAUCUUUCUUUCACAAGCGUACCUAAGCAACACUUGUUAACUUCCAAGAUUCAAGAGCUUGGAUGUCAGCUGGUUGCCUUAUAUGGUCAACUACGGCAGGUCAACAUUAGUAUUUUUGCUCUAUGUAAAGCCAUGAGGACAGCGAUAUCAAAUGAAGGCGAUACUGAAAAAGAUUAUGCUAGCUUUAUGACUUCUUUAGGUCACGAAGCUUAUGGGAAAUCAGUUGGAAUGCUACUUUCUUCACAAGAAAUAAAAUUUGCAAUUCAUAAAGCUAUUAAAUAUAUACCUGAAGGGCAAGCUAGCGGAAUUAUACAGCAGUUAACUGAGGACAUGACAGAGACUUUAGGAUGGCUGAGACAAUGUAAUAUGAACAUGAAUACAAGAAACAACACAGAGGGUUUGAAUAUGCAAACUGUGCUUCUUGGGAGAGGGCUGUCUGAAAUAUAUGCUUUGAUGUUGGAUUCACUGAUGAUCACAUCUGGCAAUGCGUUCCAAGUUGGAACUUCGAUUGAGAACUUGGUUUCUGUCAUACGUCCUUGCAUGAGUAAUUUGGUUGGGCUACAGGCAGAUGGUGCCAAAGCAUUCUUCGCUGCUGUCAUGGGUGAAACAUGUGAUGAUAUGGUUGCAGAUGAAGAUAUUUGUCUUGGAUUUGGAGUAACCAGUCAUUGGGUCUUUGUUUUUUUCCUUUGCCUGUACAUGUCCUGUCGGAACCUGUACAGGCAAGCUAUUAGCCUGAUGCCUCCAAGUUCAUCUAGAAAGAUGUCAGCAGCAAUUGGAGACUCAUUCGUAGCCUAUUCUGCCUGUGAUUGGAUGCAGAGGACUGACUGGAGUGAUGAAGGAUAUUUCUCAUGGAUAAUUCGACCUUCAGCUUCUGUACUUGUUGUUGCCCAAUCUGUUUGUAGUCUUUAUCAUCAAGACACCAAUGUAGGUUGGUACCCUUUAAUUUAUGUAUUGCUCACCAUGGCUCUUCAGAGGUUAGUGGAUUUGAAUAAACAAAUUGGCUCCCUUGAGUAUUUGUACCAUAGAAAUAAGAAUUUGAUGCAGGUUGAGGUGCUUGGUGAUGAUGGCUUGUCCGUGUUACAGAAGAAGAGCAAAAAGUAUUCGAGGCUUGUCUCUGUUUUGCGGAAAGAAGCAGAAGAUCUUACUGAUUUCAUGAUGAGGCAUUUUUCUUCAGUAGUUAAACGUCAAGUUUUGAAUUCAACUAAAGAAGUUGCGACUUCAAAUGAUAAAUCUACUGUAAUGCUCAGUGAGAUUGAUGAUUGGGACUUUAGUAUUUGUAACGUGAACAAAAGGUCAUUCCCCACAGCAGUUUGGUGGAUUGUUUGUCAAAAUGUUGAUAUUUGGGUGAAUCAUGCUGCUAAAAAGAAGCUAAAAAUGUUCCUUUCUUUUUUAAUUCGUACAUCCCAUCAAUUUUUAGUAAGCAGUGAUACGAAGAUUGGAAGACAACAGACCAAUGGAUUUCGGCAGCUAAAGAAAGUGUCCCUGCAACAAAUUUCAUCAGCUGCUCUAAGUGAUCCCAUCUUUUAUGAACACAGAUUUGUCUGCAGGUUUUUGCCAUCAAGGUUUUGUCGUGAGUUGAGCGUUUCAUUAUUAUCAUCUUUUCAUGAUAUUAAUACAAGUUCAACUGAUUGGAUGGAGGUGAUAUGCACACUUGAGCGCUUAACUACUAGUGUUUGCAGUGGAACACGCACUCCUGAUGAUAGUGCUCCCCUUGCAAAAAUAGUAAAUCAUUCAUCUGAUAUGUUAUAUACAGAAGAUUGCAAGUGGAAGGGUGAUUCUUCUCAAAGCAAUUUGAGUUUCAGAGCUUGUCAGCAUUUGAUUGACCUUUUGUGUUGGAUGCCAAAAGGGAACUUUAGUUCAAGGUCCUUCUCCCUUUAUACGACUCAUGUUCUCAAACUUGAAAGGCAAUUGGUGAGUGCUUUAUUAGAUAAUCAGACUGUUCUAUGUUCAAAUCAAUUUGAACUCCUCAAAUUGUUUGCAUCUUGCCGGAAGGCCUUGAAAUAUAUAUUUAUGGCUUACUAUGAGGCUGGCAAUGAACAAAGCUCAUCUAUUCCACUCCCAUCUGAAAAUCAAUUUCCCGUUUCAUGGCUUUUUAAGUCUAUAUCAAUUGUUAAUCGAAUUCAAGAAGCUUCUGGAGGAAGUACUGCCACAAAAAUUAAGGAUAUCAUCUUCUCCUUGAUGGAUCAUACAUCAUACUUGUUUUUAACAACUAGCAAAUAUCAAUUUAAGAAUGCUUUACGAUUAAUGGUAAUUGACAACAAGCCCUGCAAGGAGGAACACCAGGACGUUUGCCAUGAACUAAAUGAUGGAGAUGGUGGAUCUUUAGAUUCCACUCACUGUGUAGAAGAGUGCAAUAGUGCAAUUCAAAUGAGUAUCAGUCUGAAGGAACAGGUGGAGAGUGAACUUAUUUCUCUGAGGAAGUCUAAUGUUUCAGUUGGAGAUGGUAAAAAUAGUGCCCAAAUGUGUAAAGUUAAUUCUCUAGCUUCUUGCCUUAAUGGAUUUUUGUGGGGCCUAGCCUCUGCUGUUGACCACACUGAUUUGAGGAAUGGUAACCGUCGCAUGAGAUCAAUGAAAUUGAAAUUUGAAUACAGUUCCAAACUUAACCUUUGUAUGAAUGCAACUUCGGAACUGUUAGGUCUUAUCUUGGAAAUGUUUCUUGAUAGAGACAGUCAAUGGCCAACAAAAUUGUGUGAUAAUCAACCAUCUCAAGACCUUUUGGUUGUGGAUGAGGUCAAGGUUAAGCACUCUGGCUCUGAGGCUGAUAUUUCAUUUAGUAAAAAUCGUGAAUUAGAAUCUUCCCAUUGUGAUGAUGGCAGUGAAAGUGGUAGCACAAAUAAAAAAAGGUUGAAAUUGGAAAAUAAAAGCAGUGUUGCAUCCAUUCUCAAUGAGGCUAACACAAUUGAGAUGCAAUCGUUGAACCAAUCCUUUUUGCAGGGACUGCUGAAAGGAUCCUGCCCUGAUGUAGCAUUUGCACUUAAGCAGCUAUUUCUUGCUGCUUCAGUCAUUUUGAGAUUGCAUAAGCAAUAUGGUACCGUUCCUCUGUCAUCAAGUUUUAUGGCCAUCGUAAUUGGCUUUUCAAGAUUCUUGUUGCUAGAAUUUGAGAAUAUGGUUGAAGUGCCAGAACCAUUUUUGUUUGCAUGCUUAGAUGGUGUUCUUAAGUAUCUGGAGGAAUUAGGCCAUCUGUUUCCUUCUGCUGAUCCAAUGAAAUCCAGAGACCUAUAUUCUAGACUUGUAAAUCUCCAUUUGAAAGCAAUGGGAAAGUGUAUAUCUCUACAGAGAAAAAGAGCUACUUUAGCAUCCCAUGAGACGGAGUCCACUACUAAGACUCUUGAUGGGGGACUAUUCGAAGAAUCAUCUUUUCCUGUAGUCUACUGCAUGGAUGAAUUUAAAUCUUCAUUGAGAAUGUCAUUCAAAGUGUUCAUAAGGGAAGCCUCGGAGUUGCAUCUCUUAUCUGCUAUUCAGGCUAUAGAGAGAGCCCUAGUUGGAGUGCAGGAAGGUUGUACAGCGACAUAUGAAUUAUGUUCUGGAAGUGAAGAUGGGGGAAGCUGUUCCUCUAUUGUUGCGGCUGGUGUUGAAUGCUUGGAUCUGGUUCUUGAAUUUGUUUCAGGACGUAAAGGCUUGGGUGUGGUUAAAAGACACAUUCAGAGCUUAAUUGCUGGUCUGUUUAGCAUAGUUCUGCACCUGCAGAGUCCACAUAUUUUCUAUGUAAGAACGGUUGACACAAAAGGCAGGAGUGAUCCAGAUCCCGGAGCAGUCAUUCUUAUGUCUGUUGAAGUGCUUGCAAGAGUUUCAGGGAAGCAUGCUAUAUACCAAAUGAAUGCUUGGCAUGUAGCACAGUGUUUACGCAUUCCUGCAGCACUUUUUGAAGAUUUUUCUUUUAAGCUCCCAGGAAUUCCUGUUCAAUCAGAAAAUUCCCUUAUCUCAACUCAGGAAGCCUCCAAUACAGUUGUAGCCACAAGUAAUUCGAUUAUAGACAGACAAUUCUUAAUAGAUCUUUUCGCUGCCUGCUGCCGUUUGUUAUUUACUGUUCUCAAGCAUCAUAAGAGUGAGUGCAAGCAGUCCAUUGCUCAGCUACAAGCAUCAGUAUCCGUUCUUCUUCAUUCCCUUGAAAGAGUAGAUCCAGAUCCGGAACUUGUGGGUGGUUACUUUUCAUGGAAUGUAGACGAGGGAGUAAAGUGUGCUUGUUUCCUCCGAAGAAUUUAUGAAGAGAUAAGACAGCAGCGGGAAUUUGUAGGGCGACACUGCUCCCUCUUCCUCUCAAAUUACAUUUCGGUUUACUCGGGACUCGGUCCCCUAAAAUCCGGGAUUAGAAGGGAAAUCGACAAAGCGUUAAGGCCCGGUGUCUACGCUCUAAUAGAUGCCUGUUCAGCUGAGGAUCUUCAAUAUCUUCACACUGUAUUUGGCGAAGGUCCAUGUAGGAAUGCUCUGGCAACAUUACAGCAGGAUUACAAACAAUUUUUCCAAUAUGAAGGAAAGGUCUGAUUCUGAUAUGAUCCAGACUCAUCUCUUUCUAGGUUCAUGAGAAAUGAGGAAUCAUAUCCAUCUUGCUAGAAAUUUACCUCCGAGGUAAAGUUUAUAUACCUGACCUGAUUGUCGUGAUCAUAAUCAUUCGAUUCUGCCCUAUUGUCCGAGUGAACCAGGUAAAGCUUUCUUAAAAGAGGUUGAGCUGGUUCCUUUUCUAU